AUGGUACAGAUAUCCAGUUGCAAACAUCAUUCAGCUGGGCACACAUUAAAUGCGUCUUGUCUGCUUCCACAACAAUUGCAUACAACCUUCGUCCGGCCAGGCAAGGGUGGCAUGCAUCACAUUGUCCGCCGUCCGGUCGACUGCCAUUUGCUGACCCAUUUAUUAUCGCUUGGCUUCGCUGUCUCUUCCCGAUUCAGCCUAACUACGCAUCACUUUACUGCCGACGUUAAUAGCAUUUCCACUGACCUGAAAGACACCAUAGCUUGA